AUGUCGACGCUGCCGCGCGCGCACGCGCCCGGCGGCGGCGUCGGAGGCGGCAGGACCCGCGGUGCCGGCGGCGGCAGAAGCCGCGAGCGGCCCAGCAGCCUGUACGACAACCUGCCGACGCCGUCGCUGCUGCCGGCGCUCAACACGACGGUGCCCGUCAACGUGGCGGCGCGGCCCGCCGACCUGGCCCAGCGGCAUGCGCCCACCAGGUCCUCCUUGCGCCACUCGCGGCUCGUCUCCAAGGCUUACCAGCAAGAGCUGGACCCGCAGCGGCCACGGGCGUACCGGUCGCGUCGGCUGGCGUGCGCGCUCUCCGGCCUGGAGCUGCUGCUGGGGCUGUCGGUCUGCAUGCUCGCCCUCUGGCUGCUGCUGUGGGCGCCGCGCAUGCGCACGCGGGACGUGCCCUACUGGAGCGGCGCGCCGCUAUUUCUUUCUGGUCUUUGUGGACUUACCCUUGCAGGAUGUCCAGGGGAUUUUCCAGGUUCAUGUAUAAAGUUCUUCAGGGUAGUGAGCAUUAUCCUGGCAAUACAAGCAGCUUUAUCCUGUUUAGUGGCAGCUAUCCUAUCCAUGAUGCAUCUCAUACUUCUCCAUUGGGCACAAUGUGAGCCAGAAAGUGCACUUUCAACAAGCUGUGAAUGUCACACUGAGAUGGCAAACAUUCUAAGGUAUCCUGAUUUGAGCUGCCCAGCAGUUGUGAAUGUACUGGUGUUGCUACUUGUGGGAUCUUGUGCUUCAAACCUGAUGGGAUGCAUUCUAGCUGCUUGGCUGCUGCCCCUGCAUUGGGGCAGAUAUAGAAGUCAUGGUUACCUGCCAGUAGCCAGUCGGCCUCCAAGCUGACA